AUGCAAACCCUCCAGCCGAUCAGCAGCAACACCAUCGCAUCCUCAGACUCCUCAGACUCCUCAGCAGCAACAACCACCACAGCCACAACCAUCUCACUACCCACAAAAACCGAGCCAACAACACCCAUCCCACCAGCCCCCGCCCCAGCAGCCAGCCUCAAGAAGUUCAAGGCCUCCUCACUCAGCGUCAACAAGAAGUUCCUCAGCCAGAGCACACCCACCGAUGCGAAACUCACCAAGAACCACGCUGCCAGCCCACGACUCGCCAGCCUCGCCGCAUCCGCCAGCCCGGGCAUCCCUGGCUCAGCCCCACGGCUGCUGACCGGCAAGAUCGGCCUGAACAACUCGAUCCUCAACUCAACAGGCUCCAGCGGAUCCGGCUGGGCGAAGACAUCCCUGCUCACCACCUCAACACCCCUCUCGCUCACCAACAGCAAAUCCCCCGAGCUCUCCCACCCCACCCCGCCCAGCCUCAGCCACUCCCAGUCGGCCGACGCCCAGAACACGAGAGCAGACCAUCAUGGCCUGCCCAACAACAAAACCCCCAUCAACGCAUUCCUGCAUGCCCACGCUACCCAACCAUAUCCACACCCGACCACCACCCCAAGCCCUUCAUCCUCAUCACCAGCGCCCACGAUCACACCAACAACCGCAACAACAUCUUCUUCAACAACAACAACAACAACAACAAUCGCACCGCCAGCAUCAUCCUCCCCCUCCUCCUCACCCUGGGUCAAGCUUGGAAAUUCAACCAGAGGUGGCACUAAUAGCCUGGCAACUGACUUCCCAACAGCACAAGAGGUAGCACAACAUACCAAACUAAAAGCGCAAUCCAUGGCUGCUGCGGUGGCAGCCCGGGACAAGGUCGUCCAGGAUCGCGCGGCGGCAUCAGCUGCAUAUAACCAACAACUCUUACAGACCCUCGAUGGAUUUCGGGGCACACACCUGGAUCCCAACGCUAGUCACUGGGACGAGAUGGAGGAUGAAGAUGACAUGUUUGGCGAAGUAGUCGAGUUUGGCGAUGGAACACAGUACAAGGUCACCGAGGUCGUGGCCCCUGCAGCCGAUCCGGGAACGAACCACAAACAUCGACUUCCUGACGAUUACCGUCGGAACCAUCACCAGCCGACAACCGCAGAAGAAACGGAUUCCAUGCCUCCCUUCCUGAGGGGUCGCGCCGAACUCAAGAGUCUAUACAACGAGCGCAUCGGAAAAUUCGAGCCAUAUCCCGGUAAACCCAGCGAGAAAACAAAAGAUCAUCCGCCCCAAGUUCAACUACUCCAGCGGCAACGAGAUGGCCAUAAUGAUCUCUCCAACUCGACCACGCACUCUGCCCGUUUGCCCCACUCCACCGGACCCGACGCUAAACCAACCGAUCGUCCCCCGACCCUUCAUCCAGACUCCAUACCACCUCCUCGCACCAGCCUCUCCCAACCCCUAAGCCCUCCUGCGCCUUCUCACCCCACAGCUUCUGCGUCUGCCGCCCCAUCGGUACCUGUCAAGGCUGCAGACAACACCCCAGAAGCUGUCGACAAACAACGCGUCGGCCCAGAUGCACAAAAAUACAGGAAGCCCGACUUGGAUGAAGUCCAUCGAACCGAAAUGACCUCGGCUGCCGAACGGGCUCGUAAACGUCGCCAGGAAGAGGAGCUGGCCCGUGAAGGCGAGAAAGAGAGGGCCAAACUGAAAGCUGCGGAGGUCGAAGCAAGACUUAAAGCUGCUGCUGAUGCUGCCAAGGCUGCGGCAGAGGCUGCCAGAGCCGCCGCAGAUGCCAAGGCGGCCGAGAAGGCUGCUGAAAAAGCUGCUGCUGCUGCUUUGGAGGCCACCGGUACCAAGAAACACCCCAAAAAUGAAUCUGCCCCCAAGUUGUUGCUUUUGCGCCCCUCUUCCCACGAUCCUUCAAGAAACUUGAAUACCACUACCAGGUCGGACUCGAAAGAUUCUUGGCGGCGAGCCCCUCCUCACCAAUCCGAAGAUGCACCCAAGCCAGUCAUGGCAUCCACCAAACCAACCCCGGCCGAGGCUGUCCCGGCGAAAUCGGCAACCACCGCUCGUCCUCUUGCUACCCUGGCCGAAAACGUCCCCACUCCAGAAUCUUCUAGUCGUCCUGGGACAAAAACAAAUCGCCCGCCAGAUCAGCCAGUCUCUUUACCAUCUCAGGAAGAGGCUUUCAAAAGGAGGAGUGAAGACGUGUCUUCUAGCCGCCAACUGGUAUGGAAACCCAAAAUCCCAUCUGCCCCCGUCUCGCAAGCGAAGACAGAAGAGCGCCAAUCCCAACCAACCCCGCCUUCUGACCAAGCAGCCCCCAAGCCGAUCACAAUCCAGAAGCGCUUUGCACCAUCGGUUCCAACGAGCGAAUAUCGAUGGCGGUCUUCACAGGAGAACAUGUCCAAGUCAGCGAGCCGAGCCGACACACGCCAGCUUCCACCACACCUCCAACCAGACAACCUCAAAGCUGUUGACCCUGUUGUACCCCCACCUAGAUCCGAACCUGCAGCGCCUCCUCCUAGCGCCCCAUCGCCCCAACCAGAAGCGCGGCCCACAUCCAGAUCUUCUCCUGACACUCGCAGCUCACCCCCCGCUUCUUUACCCUCCCAUACCCUGCCUAGCAUCUCUGCUUUUACCCCGCGCUCCUCGUCGGCUGCUGCCGAUAAGAAAGCUGGGUUCAGACUUCCGGAAAUGUCGCAUCUUGAUACUGUCAUGUCUCGGAUCAAAGUCGUCUUGGAAGCUGACAAAGAAGCCCGGGCGAAGGCUGCUGUCGUCGCUACUACCCCAUCAUCCUCAAAAUCAAAAGAUGUACCGAAAUCUACUCCAACCCGUCAGGGCUCAGGUCAUCAACCCAAAGAACUUCCUAGCUCCGAGGGCCAAACAAGCAGUUCGCCAACCGCAGUUUAUGUUGCUGGGCGCCCACGUACACUCCUACCACGGACAAUCGACACACCUCCUAUCAUCGUCAACACCUCUGCUGACAUCAAGCCGUCAUCCGAUUCUGCUUCACCAGCUCCUGGAUCGUCUAGUGCUCCGGCGGCGCCUCCUCGGAUACCCAACACUCCCAGCCUGGCGCCUGCGCUAUCGAACCCUGCCCUUAAAAAGCCAUCUUCGGUCCGGAAGGCUGCUCGCUUUGACACCCCCACGACAACCGAAUCCAAGCCGACCGCAGUGUCAACCCCGCCCUUCCCAACUAGUGCUCCCAAGUGGGUCAACCGCGACCCGAUCGUCUUCUUCGAUGCCACCCGGCAGGAGCGCCCUUCCUCCCCCGGCCCUGCUUGGAAAGCGUUUGCCGUCAAGUUUGGGAGCAUCACGCCCAAGCCCCGACUUGCCUCCCACGUCAUCAAAUCCUUCUGGAAUCCGCUGGUGCCCACUAGAGUCAAUGUGUUCUCAUGGGACCCAUCCCGAGACGAACUGCUGUUCCGCAAGAAAUACAUCCGUGGCAUCGCGGUCUCUCAUGUCCAGCUGCCCAACAACAGCAUCGCCGGGCUGGCGCGCAACGUCCAAUUCAUCCCCUCCAACGAGUUCCCGCGCGGUCCACGGUGGCGUGGCCCUGCUCUCGUAAUGGUAAGAGGGCGUGGGCGUGGGCGGGCAGACGAGACCGCCUUUUGGCGACCGGUUGAGGAGAAGACGGCGCCUGCAGCCCCUGCCCCGUCAGAGCCCCCGGCAACAAGCUCUGCACCGACCCCUCCUCCGGCCGAUGCGAUCCCAUCAUCAACCCCGACCAAGUCCAACGAAGCCCAGGCUGUCCGACGGACAAAGGCCAAGGUCCCCGAAGGCCUCAAGGUCGCUUUCCACAGACCUGCCCACCUCCCAUCCUCCACAUCCUCCACCGCUGGUAUGUUCAUGGUCCACAGCGAAAUCACCGGCGAGGGGGGUGCUGCCCCCUCGGCUGGCUUGCCUAAUAAACCUCCAAGUCCGGCCAGGAGUCCUACUCAAAAUACCGCCCCUAUGCCCCUGACCCCUCCAGUGUCUACUCCACCUCGAUCCUCGAGCAUAGCUUGUGUGAGCGGCCCGAAAGGAUCGACAUCUCCCUGGACGAAGUCGCCCUUGGCCUUCUCGGUACUUGACUCCCACACGAAGAAUGUAUGGGCGCAGCCUGAUGGCCAGAUCACUGGCCAACCGCCAGCAUCGGGCAAGACCGAGAACUCGCUCGAAGGGAUCACCGACGACUUCCCUGCCAGUCUGCCCCGGACUCUGAACGACUUCAACGCCGAGGAAGAGCCUGCCCCGGCCCAGUACAGCUCUGCAUCCACCAGGAGGAAGUCCUCUGACCUCCCCGGCCCCGGCCAGCGGGAACAGAACGGAGGAUCUCCUAGCACGUUGCCGUUGGGCUCGAAUAACACUCCAGAGGACCCGCCGAAAGCGAAUGGACUUGUCCACCAACACCCGUAUAUAGGCUCCUCGCCCACCUGUCCUCCUCCUCCGCAGUACACCAACGAGAGUCUAUCGUCGAACUCAGGACAUAACAACAUGUAUGGCGGCCCCCACGGCUAUUCCUCGCUGAGCAAUUUCCAGGUGCCUCCCGGCUACCAAUUGGUGCCCAUCGGGAGCGUGCCGAGCAGCAGCAGCCAGCCGAGCCAACACCCAUACCCGUCAUCCAUGUCGGGCAUCUACCCGGGCCCUUCGUCGGGUUCAGCCGCUGCGCCUGCUGCUGCAGGCCCAUGGUCGCCGUCGCCCCAGCCGCCGAACGGGUAUGCCCGCUCCCCGCAGAUGCCCUACUCGCCCAACAAUACCAGCUACCCCUCCCCACUCCCCGCGCCCGUCUACCCCGCCCACCACCAUCCCCACUCGGUCGGCCCGAGUCCGAUCACCGAUGGCUCCGCCGGGUUCGCGAAGAGCCCUGGACCCAUCGCGCCCCGGGGAGGCUCCAGGGCCUCGCUCCCCUCUAGCGCCCAUCUCGCGCGCAUGCCCUCCGAGUUCACACCCUCCUCCUCCUCGCUGCACCGUAAUUACCCCUCCUCCAAGCCCCAGAACGGCCCCGGCCACUCGUACCCUCUCUCGGCCGGGCCCAUGGACGCGCCCUCGGCCCCGGCUGCGCCGACUGCGCUCCCUGUCGGCGCGCUCCCUAGUGGAUACCCCGACAACGCGUUUGCGCCCUUCCAUCCUUCUUCUUCUUCGGCUAUGGCUGGACAUCCCCAACAACAACAGCAGCAACAACAACAGCAGCAGCAGCAGCAUCAGUCGGGCAGCUUCAAUUCCGCCGGUCACCACGCAAACGGGCCUACGGCUGGCCUGCCCGGCCACCUUCCCCGACACACCCUGCUGCCCCACCCGGGCUCCCCGGCGCACUACAUGCCCCACCCGCACCCGUUCCACCCCGGGCUGCCCCCGCCGGCGAGCUUAGUCGGCACCCCCGGCCACCCCCACCCCUCGCUCAUCUACCCUGCCAAUAACUACCUCAACCACCACCAUCAUCACCAGCAACAACAGCAACACCAGAUCGGGCCCCAUCAGGCCGCCAACGGAGCCCCCCAUCGCCCCUUCGCAUCCAGGGACAAAAACCCCGCACCCCAUGGAGCCCAGCCCGGCCUCCACGCCCCCGGCCCUGUCGGGGGCUCGGGCGCCCAGGCCGGAUACGGACCCGCUCCCAGGAGAUAA